CGUUCUCUUCUGUAAAUCGGAGCUUUCUAUUUCUAUUCCCAUGUCAUCCAUCUGUCUUCAAGCCACUAUCUCUCUCUCUCUCCUCUCUCUCUCUCUCUCUCUCGAUCUCAAUCGCAGAUGCAACCGCUGACUUUCCAAUCGUAAUCUCCUUCCUCUGAAACCCUAACCCACAAAAAAAUGGAUUCAAAUAACCAUCUCCAAUUCGACCUCAACGAAAACGGCGACGGAACCCACCACCACAACAAUUCCCCCAACAAAAAGAUCAAAUUUUCACUCAUAACUGAUGCCGAAAUCCGCUCCGAAUUCUCCCACCAUCCUCAUAACGUUGCCCGUAUCAACAACGGCAGCUUCGGUUCCUGCCCAGCUUCAGUAAUCGCCGCCCAGCAGAAAUGGCAGCUUAAGUACCUUGAACAGCCAGACGAUUUCUACUUCAACAAGCUGAAACCCUCCAUUCUUCGCAGCCGUCAAGUGAUAAAGGAACUGAUUAACGCUGAUGAUGUUUCGGAGGUCUCAAUUGUUGAUAAUGCUACCACCGCCGCCGCUAUUGUUCUUCAGCAGACCAGUAGAGCUUUCACUGAAGGCCGGUUUUCUAAAGGAGAUGCUGUUGUUAUGCUUCAUUACGCUUAUGGAGCUGUCAAGAAAUCUGUUCAGGCGUAUGCUACUCGUGUAGGUGGACGGGUAAUUGAGGUUCAACUUCCUUUUCCAGUAAUAUCUAAUGAUGAAAUUAUUAGUGAAUUUAGGAAGGCUCUUGAAGAGGGAAGAUCAAAUGGUCAUAGAGUUAGGUUAGCUGUAAUUGAUCAUAUUACUUCCAUGCCUUGUGUGGUGAUACCUGUUAAAGAACUAGUUAAGAUUUGUAGAGAUGAAGGUGUUGAUCAAAUAUUUGUAGAUGCAGCUCAUGCGAUUGGUUGUGUUAAAGUUGAUAUGAAAGAGAUUGGAGCUGAUUUCUACACUAGUAAUCUUCAUAAAUGGUUGUUCUGCCCACCUGCUGUUGCUUUUCUGUACUGUCGUAAAUCCGAGAAGUCAUCGGAUUUGCAUCAUCCUGUUGUUUCUCAUGAAUACGGGAAUGGAUUAGCGAUAGAGAGUGCGUGGAUUGGAACAAGAGACUACAGUCCACAGCUUGUGGUUCCGGAAGUGAUGGAUUUUGUGAAUAGGUUUGAAGGCGGCAUUGAGGGUAUUAGGAAUAGGAAUCAUGAGAAGGUUUUGGAGAUGGCUAAUAUGUUGGUUAAUUCAUGGGGUACGGAUCUUGGUGCUCCUCCUGAAAUGUGUGCGAGUAUGGCUAUGAUCGGGCUCCCAGCUUGUUUAGCAAUUAGGAGUGAUUCUGAUUGUUUGAAGUUAAGGGCUCAUUUGAGGGAUUCCUUUGGUGUAGAGGUGCCUAUUUACUAUCAGGUACCUAAGGAUGGAGAGGCUAAUCCAGUGACAGGUUAUGCGCGUAUAUCUUAUCAAGUUUACAACACUGUUGAUGAUUACAAUAAGUUUCGGGAUGCAAUUAGUAAGCUUGUUAAAGACGGAAUGACCUGUACUCAUCUCUCGAAAUAGUGCAAAUGAGGAAGAAGGGGGGGCAAGCAAAUAAAAAGGGUGCAUCUCAAAACCAAGCUCAAUGUGUUUGGUCACAUUUUAUUACUACAAAGAACCAUGAAGAGUUAUUAUUAGUUGUUUAUGGGAGAAAAAUGGAUGGACCAACCACCGACCGACCACAGCAUUCUCCAUGUCUGCCUGUUUGUCUGUCUUUCUGUCUGUUUUAAGUAGUUGUUGCAAUGGAGAUACUUUUUUUUUCUUCUUGUUAUUGAAUUGCAAGUACUAUUUUAAAGUGUUAUUAGAACAAAUAACCCUUAAUUAGACAUUUCUUCUUCUGA